ACCACCGCAUCAAAUCAAAUGCGCACCGCACCGCACCGACGCCAUUUUUCUUUCAAUGGAGUCAUAAGUUGCGUGUUCUCAGGACGCCAUUUUAUUAAAAUAAUAGUUUCAAUUAUCUGCAGUGAAAACUAUUUUAUUUUAUAUUAGUGAACGUUAAGUAAGUUCAAAAUGAGUUACGGAAGACCUCCGCCGCGUAUUGACGGCAUGGUGUCGUUGAAAGUGGACAAUCUCACAUAUCGUACUACGCCUGAAGAUUUACGCCGCGUUUUCGAAAGGUGUGGGGAAGUAGGCGACAUUUAUAUUCCCCGUGAUCGUUACACAAGGGAAAGCAGAGGAUUCGCUUUUGUCAGGUUUUACGAUCGACGCGAUGCGGAGGAAGCGCUGGACUCGCUCGACGGGCGUAUGCUGGACGGAAGGGAGCUUCGAGUGCAGAUGGCUCGCUACGGAAGGCCUUCGUCGCCCUACAGAAGCCGGUACGACCGCAGACGCAGCGGAUCCCGCUCCGGGUCUCGCUCGCGCCGCCGCUCCCGGUCUCGCUCGCGCUCGCGCAAGCGCUCGUACUCUCGCAGCCGCUCGCGCUCGCGCAGCCGCAGCCGCUCGGACUCCAAGAGCUCGCGCGGCCGCUCCCGCAGCCGCUCGCAUUCCAGGUCCCGCUCCAGGCAUUGAAGUGCUGAGUUGAGAGUACCGGUUUAGAGCUGAAGCUGUGCCAGCUAUCUCGUGCACUCUUCGGCCAAGGUACUAGCUCUCACUUACUCUAGCCCCACAGACCUAACUAUGUCCGACAUAGUGGCAAAUUUUAACGUAACAAAUUACCUUUUAAGUUCUUAACUUAGAUUAACAACAACUCUUAAUGAUUUUGUCUUCUUUUUUUUAUUAUUUGCAUUAUCAGACUGUUAUGUAGCAAGUUGAUAACUUAUCAGAUACCAAAUUUUCCCGAAUGAUUUUUAAUUUGUGUAAUUAGGCUCAAGUUUUGUUCUAAUUAUUUUACUACAUUUAAAUAAGGCUCCUAGACACAAAUACUUGUGUAUUGUGUUGUGUGAUUCUCAAAAAAUCUAUUUAAGGAGAAUAUAAUUGUGUAUUUAGAAAUGUAUAAAAUAAUAAUUCAUCAGUUUGUGUAAUUAAUUAAUCACCAAUUAGGUGUGACCAUAAAGGUCCUUAGAUAUAUUUCAGGUUAGAAUCAUUACCCAGGAGAUCAUGUACUACCCGUGGGCAUUAUGGGCUAAAUUGGGACUUUUUGGGACACCCUCAUGAUGUGUGGUAACAGAAAUUAACAACCAAAUGCCUUUCAGUUCACUUUUCUUUUUGUAUAAUUUCGAAAUUAUUAAUUCCGCUAAGGUACUAUGCCCUUGAAAUGAACAAAUUAGUCAAAAACUUACAAGAAGUUCACAUACUUACCUACGCUUUCGUAAUUUGAUAAAUCACAAUCAAAAUACAAAUUGGACCAUUUUCAGUCAAUAAUUUGUAAUUGCAUUUUAAGCAGUAGCACCCAUGGCUAACUGACAUCCAAAAAUAAGUAACUUUUUUGCUGGAAAUGACCCACAUAAAAUCUAUUAUGAUAGCAAUAUGCUUUGAAAGUGUAAUUAAUUGUAUGAACAAGGACAUGUUAUUUUAGCUUGAAAUUUUAAUUGUAAUGUACCAUCGUGCACACUGUUAGCUGGCAAUUCGUAAACCUUACU